CCCUCCCUCCCUGCAUCUCCCCCCCCUCUUCCUACCUGAUUCAGAGCCGCUCCGACGCUAUGCGUAUGACCGCGUCUCUUUCUGCAAGGCGAGCACCACCGGAGAGAGCUGCACGCUCCUGCUGACCGCCGCGCCGAGCACUACCCCGACGCCGGCUGACGAGGCACCCAGGCCGGGCAACGGGAGCAGGGGAGACACCGCUGCUGUCUCGUCCGGAGAGUUGGACCUGGAUAGAGAGAGAUCUGUUAAAGGACAACCUGAAACCUUCUGUCCCAAGCUUCCACCUCACCAAACUCCCUCACUCUCCCUCCCCCCUUCCUCUCUCUCCCCUUUUAUCUAGACCUUCUCAGAACCGUCUGUGUCUUCCUUUCCUCUUACCCGUUCUCCUUCUGCAAACUGGCCAUGGCCUCCAAGCUGAAUCCCAAUGUCCUGUAUGUGGCGGGCCCUGGAGAAUCCCUGGGAUCACCCCAAGCAGAUUCUGAAAGAACUCAUAUUACCGGAGAAGCGGGAGAAGAGUCAUCAGACAGCGAGGGGGAGCAGGAGGAGACGUCACACAAGCUGAUCCGCAAAGUCUCAACCUCCGGACAGAUAAGGGCCAAGAAAAGUGUGAAGGAGGGAAUCCUGCUAAAACAGACCAGCUCCUUCCAAAGAUGGAAAAGGAGAUACUUCAAACUCAGAGGGAGGACUCUCUACUACGCCAAAGACUGCAAGUCUCUGAUUUUUGAUGAAGUGGACCUAUCAGAUGCCAGUGUGGCUGAGACGAGCACCAAGAACAUCAACAACAGCUUCACAGUGAUCACCCCAUUUCGUAAAUUAAUGCUAUGUGCAGAAAGCAGGAAGGAAAUGGAGGACUGGAUCACAGCCCUUAAAUCCGUUCAAAAAUGGGAAACCUAUGAAGCCAGUCAGUUCAACAUGGAGCAUUUCUCUGGGAUGCAUAACUGGUACGCCUGCUCACAUGCCAGACCGACCUUCUGCAAUGUCUGCCGGGAAGCCCUGCCAGGAGUCACCUCCCACGGCCUGUCCUGUGAAGUUUGCAAAUUCAAGGCUCAUAAGCGCUGUGCUGUUCGCUCCACCAACACCUGCAAGUGGACCACGCUGGCGUCUAUAGGGAAUGAGAUUGUUGAGGAUGAGGACGGGGUGUCCAUGCCACACCAGUGGCUGGAAGGCAACCUGCCCGUCAGUGCCAAAUGCGUGGUGUGUGACAAGAACUGUGGCAGCGUGCGGCGGCUGCAGGACUGGCGCUGCCUCUGGUGCAAGGCCAUCGUGCAUAGCAGCUGUAAAGAACAAAUGGGGAAGGUGUGUCCCCUGGGUCAAUGUCGAGUCUCAAUCAUUCCACCCACUGCACUUAACAGCAUCGACUCAGAUGGUUUCUGGAAGGCCACCUCUGGAUCAUGCUCCAGCCCUCUGCUGGUUCUGGUGAACUCCAAGAGCGGGGACAACCAGGGGGUCAAGUUUCUGCGCAAGUUCAAGCAGCUUCUGAACCCAGCUCAGGUCUUUGACCUGAUGAACGGAGGACCAGAGCUCGGGCUGCGGCUCUUUCAGAAGUUUGUAACGUUUCGUAUUCUGGUGUGCGGGGGAGACGGCAGCGUGGGCUGGGUGCUCUCGGAGCUUGACAAGCUCAACCUCCAUAAACAGUGUCAGCUCGGAGUUCUGCCCCUGGGAACAGGAAACGACCUGGCUCGUGUUUUGGGUUGGGGAGGCCUGUGCGACGAUGACGCUCAGCUGCUGCAGAUCCUGGAGAAGCUGGAGAGAGCCACGACCAAAAUGCUGGACCGAUGGAGUGUGAUGACAUACGAGGUCCUCUCCACCAACAAACAAACGCUGAUAGUGAAGGAAGACGACAGCCACGACUCCCCUCUGCAGGUCCACAUCACUCAGUAUGCAGACUCCGUGGCCUGCCACCUGGCCAAGAUCCUUGACUCAGACAAGCACAGUGAUGUCAUCUCCUCUGCCAAGUUUCUGUGUGGGACGGUGAACGAUUUUGUGGCAGAGGUGGGGAAGGCGUACGAGAGAGCCACAGAGAACAAGGAGGAGGCAGAUGCUAUGGCCAAGAAGUGCUCGCUGCUGAAUGAGAAACUGGAUUCCCUGGUAAAGGCCCUAAGCGAGGAAGCCGAAGCCCAGGUGGUGCCGGCAGGUUCAGCGCCGAGCCAGGAGAGCGGCAGCUCAAGCCCCGGUGAAAGUGGCGGAGAGUCGGGUUCAGAAGGCAAAACAUAUCGGUCCAAAGAGCAGCUGAUGCUGAGAGCCAACAGCCUGAAGAAAGCCCUGAGGCAGAUCAUCGAACAGGCUGAGAAAGUGGUGGAUGAGCAGAACAGACACACGCAGGUCCAGAGGAUGCCAUCUUCAUCCUCCAUCAAGAGGGAGAACAGUGAGGAGCUGAAGGACGCCGAGCAGCGAGGCCUGAGUCCUACCUCACCCAUCGUUCUGGAGAAACCAGAAAGCAUCAACACGGUCACUUUCUGCGACGACACUGUUCAAUGCACAGAGAAGUGUGUGAUGAAUAACUACUUCGGCAUCGGCCUGGACGCCAAAAUCUCUCUGGAGUUCAACAACAAGAGAGAGGAGCAUCCCAAAAAAUGCAGCAGUCGCACCAAAAACUUUAUGUGGUACGGAGUCCUUGGGACCAAAGAGCUGGUCCAGAAGACUUACAAGAACCUGGAGCAGAGAGUCCAGUUGGAGUGCGACGGCGUUCCCAUCUCCCUGCCGAGCCUGCAGGGCCUGGCUGUUCUCAACAUUCCCAGCUAUGCAGGAGGAAUCAACUUCUGGGGAGGCACCAAAGAGGACAAUAACUUUGGAGCCCCAUCGUUUGAUGAUAAGAAGCUGGAGGUGGUGGCCGUGUUUGGGAGCAUGCAGAUGGCCGUGUCCAGAGUCAUCAACCUGCAGCACCACCGCAUCGCUCAGUGCCGACAGGUGAUGAUCACCAUCCUGGGGGACGAGGGGGUUCCUGUGCAGGUGGACGGAGAAGCCUGGAUCCAGCCUCCCGGCGUCGUCAAGAUCGUGCACAAGAACCGCGCUCAGAUGCUCACUAGAGACAGGGCGUUUGAGAGCACGCUGAAGUCGUGGGAGGACAAGCGAAAGAUUGACAGCUACCGUGCCGCCAGGCCCCGCCUCAACUCCCAGCAGUCCAUGGAGUACCUCACCGAGGAGGAGUGCGCUCAGGUGCAGCAGCUGGGCAUCGUGGCCGAUACCCUCAUAAAUAAAAUCCGCGAGGCAGCUAAGACCCACAAGCUGGUGGAGCAGGAACUGGCUCAUGCCGUGAACGCCACAGCUCUGGUUCUCACUGAGACCAAAGCGUCCAGCAACGAGUGUCUGUGCCGAAGUACGGCGGUGGAAAUCGUCAACAGCAGUAAAGUCCUCCAGGCAGAGACCGGGAUGCUGCUCGAUGGAAAACUAUUGACGGAUUUUCCAGAGGAAGAAGAACUCCGUUUGACUCUGAACAACCUCAGUGCAGAGCUCCACAAGCUGGAUGACAUCCACUGGAUCUGUCCGCUCAUGCAGUGCUCCGAGGAGGACUCGGCGAGGAACAGCAGCAGUAAAAGCAGCAGCAGCAGCAGUAUGAAGCUGAAGAUUAUUCCCAAAACAAAGAAAGAGAAAGAGAAGCUGCACAAACAGAAGUCCAACAGUUCGCUCUCAGGAACAUGGGAUAUUAAAGGUGGGGCAACUGAGGCAGAUUCCUCAGGCAACUGAAGUCCUGGAUGAGCUGCUUUAUUACCCUCGCUGACAGGAGAGGCCAUGACCCGCUCCCAGCCUCCUCCGCUCUGAUCCUGAUGCCCUGUGGCUUCCCACAGGUGUCACAAGCUAAAGUUAAUACAUUCCUCCCUACUUUUAAGCAUUUUGCAUCUGUUUUUAUUUUAUUAUUUUUUUUACAGACCAGCAGGCUUUUUUUUUCUCCCCGUUUCGUCUUUUUUUUUUUUUUUUUGAAAAAAGGGUUUUUAUCUCUGCGUGGUUUGUUUUAACGCUGGCGUUCUGCUUUUAUUUCUGUGAGCACGGCCAGUAGCAAGUCAAAAUGGAAAUCUAUGCGGGUUGUGGAGAAACAAGGAAAUGCGUUUACGCGGUGCUCACCUUGCAUGUCGGGUGUAAACAUUAGUUUUUAUUCAUAGUUGUUACAAUCUUGAUAUCUUUUCUUGGACUUUUGACUAGCCUUUGGACUGCAUAUUUAUUUGUUAUUGCUACUGCCAUGAGAACCCGUACAGCAACAAAUCAACAAAAUGAACAAACUGAGAUGUCUCAGCAUUACUGUCUACAGAACUGGAAAGUAUCUUUAAUGUUGCAAAAAAAUAUACUGAGGAAUGUACCCGUGUGGACUUCUAAUAACAUGUGAAUUGCAAUGCUGUUCAAUUUGAUUUCACAGCGGUUGUCUAGUUGUCAUACUAAAGUGGUUCUUCGGAGGACCCGGUGCGGUCCUGGGCUUUUGCCCUGAGUCAUUUCAUCGAGAACUUAGCCAUGUGAAGCAAUCCCACAGCAGGAUUAAAGAGUGCAUCAUUCACUUUUAUUAUGUGACUUACGUGGGAGGGAAAUCUCACCCUGCUGUGCGUGUUUUACACUUGAAUUCAGAACCAUUUUGUGGAACAGUACCAGAUGAAGUGACUCAGUAAGGCUGAUCAUUUUUGCCAUUGUCUGGGGAAGGUGUUUACAGAAGGAGGAAGCAUCAAGGACACUUUGAUAAAACAUAGCAGCUUCUCAGUGUGUUGCUCUUACUUUGUCAUACUACAUGAUUGUAUAUGAAAUAUAGGACUAAGAACUAAGAUGUAUUUGAUUUUGCCUUGUCUGUGGUCGAAAGCUAUUAUUAUUAUUAUAAAUAUAUAUAUAUAUUUUUUGUAUAUCUUAUUUUCCCAAAUGGUAAUCUGUGAAGCUGUCCUGGCUUUGCUGCUUCCCCCUUUGAGACUCUCUUGGGCAAUCAUACAUAUAGAUGCUGUUCUGUGUCCCUGCAUGCAUGCCAAGCUUUUCUUUGUCUCACAGUGGAAAAUUGCGUCAAAGUAGUGACUUUUAGAUCGCUUGUUGAGACCAGCAGCAUUUGUGAACACCAUACUAGUUUUAUAGUGCUUACAGAAAUUGUGUGGCAAAAAUAAUCCUCAUGUAUUGAACACCAUGACAGCCCAAGCUGAAGCUUUAAUCGUUAAACUUAAUUGAGCUCGUAUUGACCAGAGCAUGGUUGUUAUUUGGCUAAGGUUUCUAAAUUUAGGCCCAUAGACUUCUUGAUUACCUUUUUAAGAAUGAAAGCAAGCUUUAAUGCGAGAUUUUAUUUUUAUUUUUCUGAACAAGGUUUUACUUUAGAAACAUAUUUUUUUCAGUGAAGCAUGUCAGUUAGCAGGCAUGGGCUGGUAUGAGAUUCUCUCGGUGUGAUAACUUGAUUAAAACACCACAGUUUCACAGUAUCAAAGUAUUGACACUAUAACUUAAAACAAUAGCGUAUAACACGGUCUAAAAAAGAAGACAGCUAUUGCUACUAUAAUAUACCACAUUGAUUAAUACAGUUAUAAUAAUGUUAAUGUCAAUAACAUUUUCUUAUUUGAUUCUCAUGCUUUGACUUAAACCAAAAUUUAGAAUAAAGAUCACCUAAAUUUGCUUGCCGUUUUCAGGCCUUAUUGCGCUAAAAAAUAUACCUUUUUGCUAUUCUUCUAGAGUACCAUGAGAUAAACAGGUUAUUUAAUUAGUCGGGUUAUCUGCUACGGUCGCUAGCCUGCAGCCAGCUACUUAACAGACAUGCCAUUCAUAGAUUACCUGUUAUAGUUUUUAAACGGCGUAAACUCAGUUAGAUUGACAGGUGGGGGACUGUAAUUUCUUUACCAUACAGGGCAUAGUUCUCCUGACUAAAAGGAAAGUGAAACUGGCAGUGAACAGCAGAAUUUGGAGGUGUGGCAGUUCUAUGUUGAGGCUUUAAAGGUAUAGUGGACAAAAGUGUAGGUAAGAAAAAUCACUUUUUGAAUAACUGAGCAAGACCAUCCCGUUAAAGAAUCUCCUAAAUACAAUCUGGUUUUAUGUAUUUCUUCUGAGGCCUUCCUCCUCUUCUCAUAAUCUUGUAAGACAGUGUGCUUCUUGCGACCCUCAGCCAUUUUCAAAGUAUUCGGUGAGAGUAGCAGAGCUGCAAUGAAACAAAAGCUAACUGGAUACAUAAACACUAGAAGUGCGCAGCAAGUAGGAAUAAGCAUGUACAUUGACGUUACCCAAUGAUUGGUAUGUGGGUAAACCAGUAGAUUGGAUGAUUCCACUCAAACUCGAAGCCGAAUAAAGAUUGUCCACUAUACCUUUAACGCAUAUUGUUCGUAUAAGCAAGCCGAUAUGAUGUUGCUGACUAAGAUGUGCUCAUUUCAAUAUUAUUUAACACCAAUUUCCUCAGAGUGUGCUAGCGGACCCUAGUGGUAAGGUACCAAUGACAAAGACCACAUCGUAUAAACUAGAGUGAACUUGGGGAGGUAUGAGUUAGGCUUUACACCGGGUUGCAUACAGCCACGGACAUUUCCAGUUUAUACGGCACUUUCCUUUUUAAACCAAGAGGUGGGAGAAUAUUUGUGGUUUUGAAGCCUAUGUAAAUCUUGGUACCGUCAACCGGCCCAUGCUUAGCCACUAGUAAAACAAAGGCAUAAAUGCUUCAAAUAUUUAAAAAAUGUGCAGGAAAACAGUCAGUCUAUGCUUUGGGCAAAACUCGUUUGCAGGUAAACUUAAUGAAAAUGUCCACAGAUAGAGGGCUACAAUAUUUGUGAAGUCAACAUCAGACAGAACGGACUGCAAAUAAGCCACAAACUUAAUGGCUAAAUGUCAUUAGCUUACCUAAAUAACAACAUUAAAUCACAAGCUAGCUAAAAAGUUAGCUUAACGCAAGACGCAAAAUUAGCCAAAAAAGAUUUUAAGUUUUCAUAUAAUUUCCAUAUAAAAAAAUGGAACUCAUGAAGCUAACUUAAACUGAUAAGCUUUAAAAUUGAGUUUCUAUUAGCCUCUUCUAUUACUGGAGAAAAAAAAACUUGCCUAUUACUUUUGAUGAUCUGUUGAGCUCUAUUAGGCUGAACCCCUGAUGGGAUGUAGUCACUGUGAGGCGCUGUAGAUGUUCAGCUGUGGUAGGAUUGUGCUAAAGUAUCCAUAGUGUGCCAGCUACACGCUCCCAACCUUAGAGGCUUUAGUGGUUGUUGUGCCAAGUCUGUACUUUGGGUUUAAGACUUAAAGAAGCGCGCGUGCGAGUGGCUGUGUGAGUGUGUGCAAGCUUAUGACACGCUCCAGACGCGAAGGUCAUCGCGUGUCGUACAUUUCAAAGUUUACUGUAUCUUGCCUUGCACUUUACAAUGAAGCAAACUUAAUAGGAAAAAAACAAAAAAAAAAAAAAAACAUUUGCGUGUGUGUUGGAAUUUUGAGUGUUUACAAGCAUUUUUUAAAUUGAUUUGAUGAAAAGAUAUUUUAUUUAUGAUAUUGUAUAUGGAUAAAAAAAUGUGCUGGUAAAAUAUAAUAUCUAACCAAUCAUCAAACAUAUACAUACAGAUGUAAAAACACGGCUUUAUUACCUUGGUGGUUUUAAACUUACAUGUGAUGAUGUCCCUGCACAGAUCGCAGAGUAAAAGAUGUUAGAAACUGUAAUUAUUCUAAUGGGGGAAAAAAAGAUCUUAAAUCAACAUAAUAAAACUGUCCAGUGUUAUUUAUGGAUUACAAAUGACACGUUUACACGACCGAGGUGUUGAGCCGGUGUCAAGCAAAUCUUUGAGUGCUUUUUUCUGUCAGCUUCAGUUUGAUUUUAAUAUGAUGUCUACUGAAAAAGAUGACAAAGAUGUUGAGAUAUGAAAGCCAUUUUGUAAAAACUAGUUGCCUGUUUAUUUUUUAAUAAUUGUUUAAUUUUGGAUUUCUUUUUGAGAGAUUGUCAAUUUUUUUCUAUAUUUUGUGUAAUUUGUUCUCAAAAUGCAAAAAUGUUGAUUUUUUUUUUUUUUUUUGGAUGGAAACUCUUCCAAGCGCUUACCCAGACCAGGAGCUGCGUUGAAAAUGCCGACGGAGGAAUUUGCCGAUUCUGAAUUGUUUGUGCAACGGCGAUGGACAGCCGACAUGGAACGGAGGCUUUGUGCAGCACGGGGAGCCAGACUACUUGUUGCACGACUUUGUACAUUGCGAGGUGUUUUCGUGUGUAAUCAUGUGCAGUGUAUAACGAAGACAAAGUCAGUGCAACCCUCUGGAAAUUAAAUGAAUUACUGAAGUGUGAA